UCUUCAUUGGUGGCAUUAUUUACUUUCUUGACAAAUUAGUUUUUAGCAAUUUACUAGUUAGGUUGUUAAGUUAAAAGCACACCAAGCAGAUUUCAGACAUGGAGCGGCCACAGAAGAUGCCCAAGGUGGCCAAGGUGAAGAACAAGGCACCGGCAGAGGUGCAGAUCACUGCAGAGCAACUGCUCCGUGAGGCUAAGGAGCGAGACUUGGAGAUCCUGCCACCGCCUCCAAAGCAGAAGAUCUCUGAUCCCGCCGAACUUGCCGACUACCAGCAACGGAAGCGCAAGACCUUCGAGGACAAUCUUCGCAAGAACCGCAUGGUCGUCAGCCAUUGGAUCAAAUAUGCUCAGUGGGAAGAACAGCAGCAGGAGAUCCAGCGUGCACGCUCCAUUUGGGAACGAGCGCUGGACAAUGAGCAUCGUAACGUGACCCUCUGGUUGAAGUAUGCAGAGAUGGAGAUGAAAAACAAGCAAGUGAACCAUGCGCGUAAUCUGUGGGAUCGGGCGGUAACCAUUAUGCCGCGAGUGAAUCAGUUCUGGUACAAGUACACCUACAUGGAAGAAAUGCUGGAAAACGUGGCCGGUGCGCGUCAGGUGUUCGAGCGCUGGAUGGAGUGGCAACCUGAAGAGCAGGCAUGGCAAACCUAUGUCAACUUCGAGCUGCGCUACAAGGAGAUUGACCGCGCACGAGAGGUCUAUGAGAGAUUCGUUUACGUGCACCCAGACGUAAAGAACUGGAUAAAGUUCGCCCGCUUCGAGGAGUCACACGGGUUUAUCCAUGGCUCGCGGCGCGUCUUUGAGCGGGCUGUUGAGUUCUUCGGAGACGAGUACAUCGAGGAGCGACUGUUUAUCGCCUUUGCCCGUUUUGAGGAGGGUCAAAAAGAGCAUGACAGGGCACGUAUUAUCUACAAGUACGCUUUGGACCACUUGACCAAGGAGCGCACGCAGGAGAUUUUCAAGGCCUACACAAUACAUGAAAAGAAGUACGGGGACAGGGCCGGUAUAGAGGAUGUAAUUGUCUCAAAACGCAAGUACCAGUACGAGCAGGAGGUGGCCGCCAAUCCAACUAACUAUGAUGCAUGGUUUGACUAUUUGCGUUUAAUUGAGGCGGAAGGUGAGCGGGAUCAGAUCCGCGAAACCUACGAGCGGGCCAUCUCUAAUGUGCCGCCCGCCAAUGAAAAGAACUUCUGGAGGCGUUACAUCUACCUGUGGAUCAACUAUGCUUUGUACGAAGAAUUAGAGGCGGAGGAUGCGGAACGCACGCGACAGAUCUAUAAGACCUGCCUAGAGCUAAUACCCCACAAGCAGUUCACAUUCAGCAAGCUUUGGCUGCUGUAUGCACAGUUCGAGAUUCGCUGCAAGGAACUGCAACGGGCACGCAAAGCUCUGGGCCUGGCCAUCGGAAUGUGUCCUAGGGAUAAGCUCUUUAGGGGCUACAUUGAUCUGGAGAUACAGCUACGUGAAUUCGAACGCUGCCGAUUGCUUUACGAGAAGUUCCUGGAGUUUGGCCCAGAGAACUGCGUUACCUGGAUGAAGUUCGCUGAGCUAGAGAAUCUACUGGGCGACACGGAGCGGGCAAGGGCCAUUUUCGAAUUAGCUGUGCAGCAGUCGCGUUUAGACAUGCCAGAGCUGCUGUGGAAGGCGUACAUCGACUUCGAGGUUGCCCUUGGUGAAACAGAACUUGCCAGGCAACUAUAUGAGCGACUCCUGGAGCGUACGCAACAUGUCAAGGUCUGGAUGUCGUUUGCAAAGUUCGAGAUGGGCCUCAGCCACGGCGACAGUGGUCCGGAUGCCGAACUCAACCUGCGGCUAGCCAGGAGAAUCUACGAGCGAGCUAACGAGAUGCUCCGACAGCUGGGCGACAAGGAAUCACGUGUUCUGCUUCUGGAGGCAUGGCGCGACUUCGAGCGUGACGCUGCCGAUUCGCAGGCGCUACAAAAGGUAAUGGACAAGAUGCCAAGGCGGAUCAAAAAACGGCAGAAGAUCGUCUCGGACGAUGGCGUCGAGGAAGGCUGGGAGGAAGUAUUUGACUACAUCUUCCCCGAAGAUGAGAUGGCACGUCCCAAUCUUAAGCUACUGGCAGCCGCCAAGAUGUGGAAGAAGCAGAAGGACGUCACGGAGGACGAUAUUGCCGUUCCAGCUAUUGCAUCCGAGCCAGAACCUGCAGAUCAAGCUCCAGCGGAAGCGGCGCCUAGCGGUGAUUGAUCAGGAACAACAUAUUUUCGCAAUAGUCUAUCAGAAUUCAACAUGCACACCAAAACUGCAGAUCCUUGCAAGUUGUUUGAACUUGAAAGGAACAAACUAUUUCAAUAAACCUCCAUAGUGACAUUUUAAA